UCAAAAGCCCUCACAACUCCGGUGGGUCCCACUAACUAACAACAGCCACCAGCCAGUUUCUCCGUGGCCACCUCAAGGCCUUGCAAAUGACAUGCCAAAGAAAGAGAAUGUCAAAGCAAGUGAGAGGGUCCCUGAUGCACUCACUGGACUAAAAAGAGUUGAUGAGUUGGACCCCAAGAAUGGUUCAAGUUUGGAUUUUGAGCAAAAAUUGGGGGAUGAUAGUGGGUCUAGUGAAGUGGGUUUUGAUUGGGGUUGGCCUCCGUGGAAGAAUGUUCCUCUGAGAUAUAAGCUUAUUGGCACCACUUCACUUGCCUUCGUUAUUUGUAAUAUGGACAAGGUGAACUUGAGUAUCGCAAUAAUUCCGAUGUCACACCAAUUUGGGUGGAAUGCAUCAAUGGCUGGGCUAGUGCAAUCAUCUUUCUUCUGGGGAUAUGCUUUGAGUCAGUUACCAGGAGGUUGGCUUGCCAAGAUUUUUGGUGGGAGAAAAGUUCUUAAGAUUGGAGUAUUGACAUGGUCAUUGGCUACAGCUCUUCUUCCUUUUCUUGCUGGAAAUAUACCUGGACUUGUCUUCUCAAGGGUUUUGGUUGGAAUAGGAGAAGGAGUUUCCCCAUCAGCAGCAACUGACCUCAUUGCCAGGCAUGUAUGA